UUACAAUACUGUUUUGGGCUGCUAUUUGAAUGUGCGUCCUCGGUUUCUAGUAAUAAGAUAAACAGUAAAUAAAGCGUAGUUUUAAGCAAAUUCCGAUACAACAUGGAGGAAUCUAGUGAAAAUACAAUUGCUGCUGCCACUGCAACGCAACAGGAUAUAACGACACGUCUCGCAGCGCUAAAUCGCUGGCAAGAGGAGCAAAAAAAACUGCUCGAGGAGAGGCAAAAUAAUCAGCGAAUCAUGUUGGGCUUAGAGCAAAGGAAUAUGUAUGAAAUGCUUGGAUUGUUGCACAAUAAACUUGAUGAAAUUGGCGAUACAUCGGAUGCUUCCAUAUCCGACAAUGAACCCGAGCAGGACAUGGAGGUUAGUCACAUAUCCAGUAUACAAAUGCCGCGGCAUGCGGAUUAUCAACAAGAAGAUCAGGAACAAGACGAAAACGAGGAAGCUUUUCAGCAAGCAGUCUUGGAUUUUAAUGCUCAGCAGAGCAGUAGCUCACAGCCAACCAAGCCCAAGCGGCCAUUUUUGCGACGUGGCGAAGGACUCAAGCAACGAUUCCGUGUUGAUCCCGAGCAACUGCGUCUUAACAAUUUGCCACGUUACAAGUACGCAAAUGCCCACCCACAGUACAGGAUGCCAGCACCUGGUAGAACGCAGAAGCGUAGCAUUCUAAAGACUCAAAAAGCGGCACCCAAAGCAGCGACACCAAUGCCGCCUCCUCAGCUGUCCUUGAAAGAACAUCGCUUUCAGCAACAGCUGCUGCAGAGUGGCAAAAAUAUCUGCAGCUCCACGCCGGAUUUGAAGACCCCUGCAAGCUCCAACAGCAAUACAAACUCUACAAUUUCACCUAAGGUGCGAUUUGUCGUGGAUGAAGGCAAAGGACAAACGGCCGACGAUGAGGAGGAAUCCUCCAGAGAGUUAAGUCCUGGCGCGCUACAGAAUUUGUGUUGGGCCAAAGUGUUGGACUCGCAGCAGAUAAAGCCCCCAGUGCUGCAGCGACGUUCGGCGCAAAUCUGCGUGGAGAACGAAGACAACAUUAGCAUCUUUGAGUUGCUGGAGCAGAAGGCACGCGAAGGCAGCAUUGACAUGAACUCCAGUUGUAUACGCACGUUUAUGGCACGCAAGGAACAGCGUCGUCAAUCGCAGGAGGCCGAUGACAGUGAUCAGAUUAUAGUAACCCAGCAAAUGCGUCAAAUGCGAUUACAACCCGAACCCGCUUCCCAAGCAAUGGACGAUGACGAGGAGCAAAGCACGUUGACGCCACUAAAGCUGGGUAGCGGAAAGACGCAGGUCCGUGUACGUUUCUCGGAUUCCACGGAUACGCAUGAGUAUUCCGAUGAGACAACUUUGCAGGACCCUAGCAAUGUGCAGCUCUUUGAGGAGUUCAAAGCCGCCUUAUUCCAAGCGCUGGAGCAGAAAAAAAAUGCCAGAGACGAACCCUUGUCGCAGGAGCUGCAGGAAAAAGCUAAUUUGGUGCGCACGCGGCUGCAGGAACUGGAAGCAGAGAUUGCCACAUUCAAGGAGCAGAAUGCCGAAUUGUUGCGCUUGAAGCAGCAACAUGAAAUGGAUCGUGCCCAAUGUGCUCAAGAGCAUAUGGAAGCCAUGGAGCGCGUGCAUGAUGAGAAGAUACAAGCAGAAAUCUAUUUGCAUGAUGAGCGCAUGAAGAUAGAGGAAGAGCGUCGCAGGUUUGAGCAGCAAAUGCGGAUGCAGAAGAGCAAUGUCAAUAGUAAGGAGAAAAAAGAGUUGGCUGCACUUAAACAAGAAGUGGAAUCUUUGCAGCUGCAGCUUAAACAGAAAGAACAGAAUCAUGUUUCGGCUCAGGCACGUUUGCGAGCUCAACUGCGUGCCAAUGAGAAGGAGCAGCGUGGCUAUCGCGAUGAGAUCGAGUUGCUCAAUCGCGAGAAUAAGCGACUGGAGCAAGAGCUGGUCAAGAUCACUCGCGAGAGCAACAGCAAGAUGCUGCAGGAGAUCAAUCGCAACAUAGCACGAUUAGCGCCGAAGAUGGAAACAACUUUGCCUGCCGCCAAGCAUGUGGAUGAGAACGGCAGACGUCCCAGCAAAUCACUGGGUGAUGUUGCCAGCCAGGAGAAGCCUUCCAAGCAUCGUGUUCUGCCCAAUCGACGACACAGCUCGAGUCGAAGUCGCAAGAAACCUGAGCCAUUGCAUGAAGAUUACGCUUCCAGCAGCAGCGGUGAAUUGGAUGAAGUUUCAUUACCCACAGUCAAGGCAACAGCUGCCAAGGCAACAGACACCGUGGAGACGCCAAUGGUUGACAACAGCAGCAACAACAACGAGUUAAAGCGUGAGAUUGUCAAUGCAGAUGGCAGCAAGGACAUUUGGUAUCCCAAUGGCAACCUGAAGAAGAUAAGCGCAGACGGCAUGACCGUGCGCAUGCUGUACUUCAACAAGGACAUCAAGGAAACGGACAUACGUGCGGGCACUGUCAAAUAUUAUUACGCUGAGUCGAACACUUGGCACACCAGCUAUCUGGAUGGCCUGGAAAUACUCGAAUUUCCCAAUGGACAGACGGAGCAUCGACGCAAAGAUGGCACCGUUGAAAUACAUUUCCCCAAUAAUACCAUCAAAAUUGUGGAUCCCAGUGAUGCGGAGAAAUUGGAAGAGUGGCGCUAUGCGGAUGGCUCGCAUCUUGUGCAGCUGCGCAAUGGUGACAAGAUUCUAAAUCUGCCAAAUGGUCAGAAGGAGAUACACACUAAGCUAAAUAAACGACGCGAAUAUCCCGAUGGCACUGUGAAGCUGGUCUAUCCCGAUGGCAGUCAGGAGACACGUUACUCCAAUGGCCGGGUGCGUCUCAAAGACAAGGAUGGCAAACUGAUAAUGGACACGGAUUAUGCCAAGUAUUAA